CUGAGCCGCCGGAAGAAGGGCGGGCGCCGGGGUCUGUGGCUGCGCCGCAGCAUCGGGGGCCGCACCCCGAACCCGCCAGGGUCCGGGCGAGAGCGACCCGGGGCACGGGCAAAGGCGACGGCGCGCCGGGAGGGUGGAGGCACCGGGACACCCGGGCUGCGGCCCAGGAAGCUGGGCGCCGGUGGGCCUGGCUGCUGCCGCCGGGCCGGCAUCAAAGCAGCGGCCGGCGAGCUGUAGCCUCGCCCAGGUCUGCGGGAAGCCGGUUCUGGGCACCCCUCGCAUUGCGGCCCCCAAAGCCCCUCUCCCGGGGGUGCGGCCGGGAAAGGAUACCUUGGAGGGGCGGUGGGUUCACCUGGUGCCGCAGCACCCGCCCUAGGCCGCCUCUCGGGAAUUUGGAAAAGAUUCCCCGGUCCCGUCCGGAGGCCGAUAGUCCUCUGAGCUUCCGAAGGAAGCCUGCGUGAACGUUGGGCGUUUUUAAAAGAAUCAUUGUGUUGGGUGGGGAUGUGGUCUGUCUAUAAAAGGCCGGGAAAGAACAAAAUCUGUUACCCACGGCCCUUCUCUAAAGAGACACCCUCUGGAGCUGAAAGCCUCAAGAACGGGCUCUCUCACGCCCCCAAUCUCUCGUCCUGCCAGCGUCCAAGGCCGGUCUGUUUUAAAUAUAUUUCUGCAAGUUCUGGAGUUCUAGCUGUAUGAUCAGUUUUCUGGAUCCCUCCUCUCCUGCCUUUUGCUCCUCUAGAAGAAUAUGAAGAGGCAUGUACUCAGACCUACUCAACCGGCCACCUCCCAAGCAGGCAGUACUUAAUUUCAGAAAGGAGUCACUUUUUCAGACCUGUUCAAGCCACAUUAGCCUCUAGGAGCCCCUAGGUUCUGGUGCCGCAGGGGUACGCCAAAGUCCUGAGGGCAGGAGAUUGUGAUCAGAGGAGGACCAUACAACUGUGAGGCAUCUCAGCAGAGGCUCUGGCAGUGUCCUCCCCAGAAGUGGACAAGGCCAGUCGGGUGGCAUCAUCAUGCUACAGCAGCUCCUGAUUACCCUGCCCACUGAGGCCAGCACCUGGGUGAAGUUGCACCAUCCACAGAAGACCAAGGAAGGGGCGCCCCUGUGGGAGGACGUGACCAAGAUGUUUGAAGGAGAAGCUCUGCUAUCUCAGGAUGCUGAUGAGACCCAAGGAGAAAGUUUAAAGGAUGAAGUGACUCCUGGGGCCCUGACAAGAGACUCCCAGGAACUGUUGACCUUCAAGGACAUAUCUGUGGACUUCACCCAGGAGGAGUGGGGGCAGCUGGCCCCUGCUCACCGGAAUCUGUACCGGGAGGUGAUGCUGGAGAACUAUGGGAACCUGGUCUCAGUGGUAGGAUGUCAACUUUCCAAACCUAGUGUGAUUUCCCAGUUGGAGAAAGGAGAAGCGCCAUGGAUGACAGAGAAAGAAGGCCCAGGAGAUCCCAGUUCAGCUGGUGGGAUCUUGGUUCCCCAACCAGGGAUCGAACCCGGGCCCUUGGCAGUGAGAGCACGGAGUCCUAACCACUGGACGGCCAGGGAAUUCCCUGCUAUUUUAAAUGACUUGAAGGGUAAAACAGAAACAGCUGCGUCAACUGCAAAGAACGACGUUUUACAGGAACAGUUCUAUCAUGGCAUGAUGAUGGAAAGGUUCAUGAGGGAUGAUGUCAUUUAUUCCACAUUGAGAAAAGUCUCAAAAUAUGAUGAUGAGUUAGAAAACCACCAGGAUAGCCAUGGAAGAGACGUGAGACAAACCAUCUUGACCCAUAAGACAAGAGGCCAAAAAACUUACAAAUUUGGCAAAAAUAUUGUGAGUUCUAAUGUUGUUAUAGAACAGAGGCACCAUAAAUAUGACACACCUAGAAAGAGAAACAAAUACAAAUCAGGUUUGAUUAAUCAUCCAACAAGUUACAUAAGAACAAAAACCUACGAAUGUAACAUAUGUGAAAAAGUCUUCAAACAACCCAUUCACCUUACCGAACACAUGAGAAUUCAUACUGGUGAGAAACCUUUCAGAUGUAAGGAAUGCGGAAGGGCCUUUAGUCAAAGUGCAUCCCUUACCACCCACCAAAGAAUCCAUACUGGUGAGAAACCCUUUGAAUGUGAAGAAUGUGGCAAAGCCUUCAGACAUCGCUCAUCUCUUAAUCAACAUCAUAGAACUCACACUGGUGAGAAACCCUAUGUAUGUGAUAAAUGUCAGAAAGCUUUCAGCCAGAACAUUAGCUUGAUCCAACAUUUGAGAACUCAUUCUGGAGAGAAACCCUUUACAUGCAAUGAAUGUGGGAAAACCUUUAGACAGAUUAGACACCUUAGUGAACAUAUAAGAAUUCAUACUGGGGAGAAGCCCUAUGCAUGCACCACAUGUUGUAAAACCUUUAGUCAUAGAGCUUAUCUAACGCAUCACCAGAGAAUCCAUACUGGGGAGAGACCCUACAAAUGUAAGGAAUGUGGGAAAGCCUUUAGGCAAAGGAUACACCUUAGCAACCAUAAAACUGUUCAUACAGGAGUGAAAGCGUAUGAAUGCAACCGCUGUGGAAAAGCCUACAGGCAUGAUUCAUCCUUUAAGAAACAUCAGAGGCAUCACACAGGAGAAAAACCUUAUGAAUGUAAUGAAUGUGGAAAAGCCUUCAGCUAUAAUUCAUCACUUACUCGACACCAUGAAAUACACAGGAGAAAUGCCUUCCAGAAUAAUGCCUAAAAACAGAUUAUUCAACAUGAACAAAAGCCAGGUCUAAAUCAGUGAUUCUGUGCUUUGAAUUUCAGGACUCUAAAUUGGAGGAAUUGACAUAAUGAUGCCAACUUCUAAUUUUGCCCAUUGUGUAAAUAAACAUUACAUUGAUAACUACUGCCUACUAAUAUCUCCACACAAAGUACUUAAUCAAGAAUAAAAGAUGGCCCUUCAAAUUAAAUUCAACAAUAUAGAAAAUUCACACAUUAUUACUUUUAUGAUUUCAUUGUAGAUUAAUAAAUUAUUCAUCAUGGGCAUUCACUGAUUUACAGACCAGCAUUUGGGGACUACUGUUUAAAACAUCACCACCCCUAUUUUUUUUUAAUUAAAAAAAAUUUUUUUUUAAUUAAAAAAAAAUUUUUUUUUAAUGGGGAGAACUUUCACAUGGUAUAAACUUCAAAAGGUACAGUCAGUUGUGUAAGUGAAAAGACUUCUUCCUCCAUCCCCCAUCAGAAAAUUCUACCAGAGGCAACCAUUUUUUAUAACUAAGUUUUUUGUACACCCUUCCAGAGAUCAUUCUGUUUAAAUCCAAGAGAAUACAUAUAUACAUUUUUUACUUUUUAAGCAUAAAUGGCAGCCCCCCAUACAAACACAUAUUACUUUUAUUACUUCACUGUAUAUCAUGGAGGUCACUCCAUAUCAGUAAACAAAGUGCCUCCUCAUUCUUUUUUUAUAGCUGAUAGUAUUCCAUGGUUUGAAUGUACUUUAGCCACUUCACUAUAGAUGGAUUUUUGAAUUUCCAAUCUUUUAUUUAUAUGAUGUUGCAAUGAAUAGUCUUAUGCAUUUUUAUUUCUCACAAUGUAAGUACAUGCAUAGGGUAAAUUCCUAGAACAGGAAUUUCUGUGCUAAAGGGUAUGCACAUUUGUAUGAUGGAUACUGCCAAAUUGACCUUCAUAGAGGUUGGACCAAUUUAUUUUCCCACCAGCAAGAUACAGAACUGUGGGAACCAUAUCUGGUGCUGAAGCAUCUCCUGAGCCAACAGCCCCAUCAUCCAUUAAAGAAGUAUCAGCUUCUCUCAAUAACAUAGCCUAGAAGUGCCAGCUGAGCUGCAUCCCCAUAAAGAGCAGCACUUGCCAUCCCUGGAGCCAGAGAGAAAUCUGCAUGUUAUCAAAUAGCAGCCAGACCCACCAAAGUCUCAGUUGGAGAAGGAGAAGACAUCUCUCCACCAACUGUUACAGUCCCUGACUUCUGAGUCUGGAACUGUCUGAUGAAUUAGAGUUCCUUUAAAGAGACUGAUCCACCUGCCUUAGCAAGUAUAAUCUUGGCUGCAACCCCUUUGUUUGGAAUGGAGGAAAACUGACAAUGGAGUCAGGGUACUUAAUAUAGCAGGAUAUACCACAGCUGAUCAACUGACCAUACGUAGCAUUUUACGGGAUGGCAAUGUUAGCGAGUUACUGUUCACAUGUGAGAGGAGACAGAAACGAGGUAGGACACGACUUUCUAAUUAAUAAACAUUAAUUAAUGAAGAGAGCAUUAAUUAAUUAGUUGACAUUGCUUACUAUGUGUGAAAGCUGAGUGCCAAGGUCAGGACCACAGUGAUUUUGUACAUGUUCAUUUUUCAUUCUGGUAAAGUUUUAUUAAAGUUUUAGUGAUUCUGUG